AUGGCGGAGAUUGGAGCAAUAAUCGAUGAGUAUGACAUACUGGCGGUCAUGGAGACGUGGCUGUAUCCGGAGUUUGCACUCUCAUUCAAGGGAUAUAAGAUAGUAAAACGAGAUGCGCUCGACAGCACGAAUAGAGGAACUAGAAGAGGUACAGCCGAGGGAGGCCUGUGCCUCAUAAUAAAGGAGCAAAUAAAAUUCCAGGAAAAAACGAUAAACGAUGAUACGAAUAUGGAAACGUUGGCGGUAUCCAUUGAGUCAGAGGAGGGUAACACCGACCUGAUCUUGAUAUAUAGAAGCCCAUCCAAAAACACCACACAAACGCAGUGGAACAAUCUUCUUGAUAACCUAGAAAGAAAUGAGAGAAUGAUCAUAAUGGGAGAUAUGAACGCCAAGAAUAUGAUGUGGAACUGCGCAGAAGACGACACGCAGGGAUUAAGAUUGGCAAACAUCCUGGAGGAAAGGGACCUGUUCGUGGUAAACGGGCACACCCUGUCUCGCCCGGCCUCGGGCUCGUACAGGGCGUCCAAUAUAGACUUGCUUAUAACGAAAUUUGAAAUGUUGCAGAGGAUAGACGCCAGUAACUCGGGACUCACGCUGGGGUCGGAUCACCAAAUAAUUGAUAUACAGACGGAUAUGACAGUGCCUCCGGGCGGCGUGAGUAAACGCUUCUCGACAAGAAAGUACGGAUACAAAAAAAUCAACUGGAACAUGUACAAAAUGAGAAUGGACGUGGCGAGUGGGGACCUUGCGAGGAGCGGGCCCGAGGUGAUGAGCGAGACGGAGGAGGAAGCGGAAAUAAGAAAGGCAAUAUAUAAGGGAUUGAAGGAGGCAGGAGCCACCAAAUCCAAGCAGAUUCGAAACAAUCACGGGAGACCCAAGGAGAAUGGGAAAAGAAAGAACAAAAGAAGAUGGUGGGAUGAGGACUGUGAUAGGGUAAGAGAGGAGAAGAAGAGAGCCCUAAACACGUUCAAUAGAAGACGAAACGAAGAAACCUGA